AAACACACCUCGAGCGGCGAUGAAACUCCACCAUUCCCUCAAGAAGAAUUAGAAAAACAAUUCUGUAAACAUGAGGAGAGGCUCCAAAAAGAAAAAAAUAGUCAAGCUCGAGAAGACGAAGAGGUGCGUCAGUUAGACAAAAGUCUGUUGUACCAGCGCGCCAUUGGGGCCGAGGAAGACCACCAGCGAAAGAUAAAGUUAUCCAAAGCGCGCUCCCUGCAGGAGGCCGACGAAAUUGAUUCAGAGAAUCCAAUCAGCCUAAAUAUCAAUACUUCAAUGGAAAGUUACGACGCCACUACGGAGGAUUCGAGCUAUGAAAACGACGAUAAUACAAAUAAAACAUCCACUAAACGCAUUUUACGAAAAAGUUUUCCUACUUCCCCAAAAUGCCGCGCCCCCAUUGCCUCGCUGGAUUGUAUGGAUGAUUUCAGUUCUAAUUCACAGCAAAUGUUAGAUCAAGUUUUAGAAUUGUCAGAAUCCAGAAAGAUGUCGACAUACAUGGCGAGUCACAGCCCGGCGAAUCUGCCCUCGGCAGUGACGGCCGGGCUGCGCUACAGGAACCUCGGCAAGUCAGGCCUCCGCGUGCCCAACAUUGGCCUCGGAUUGUGGAGCAGCAUCGACGAGGACACCACCGAGGACAUCGUCACCGUCGCGCUGGAGAACGGCAUCAACCUCUUUGAUUUGUCGGAGGCGCAUAACGCUAAAGGCGAGGCUGAAUUAGGAAGAAUCCUCAAGAAGAACAACGUGAGGAGAACCAGUGUCAUCAUAAUAACUAAAAUAUACUGGAGUACCAAUUCGGACGAGCGCGGCUUGUCGCGACGGCACAUCGUCGAGAGCGUUAAGGCGUCCCUCAACCGCCUGCAAACUGAAUACAUCGAUGUGGUUUUAUUGCACAAAGCGGACCCUGUCUGCCCGAUGUCAGAGCUAGUGCGAGCCAUGAACCACGUAAUCAACCAGGGCUGGGUCAUGUACUGGGGCACCGCUCGCUGGUCUCCCUCCGAGAUAAUGGAAGCGUACACGAACUGCAAGCACGCCAACUGCAUCACGCCCAUCGUGGAGCAGACGGAGUACAACAUGUUCUGCAGAGACAAGCCGGAGCUGCACAUGCCUGAGCUAUACCACAAGAUCGGCGUCG